UGUUUUAUUAUUUUAAAAAAGAGUGGCACACCAAAGAUUCACAGAAUACAACAGCCAAAAUGCUCUGCCACGUUACUCGGCCGGAUUCGGUGGUGAUGGAAGUGGAAGUUGAUGCGAAGGCAAACGGUGAAGACUGUCUGAAUAAGGUUUGCAGAAAGUUGGGCAUAAUUGAAGUCGACUACUUUGGGCUGCAGUUCACUGGCAGCAAAGGAGAGAACCUGUGGCUGAAUCUGAGGAACCGCAUCUGCCAGCAGAUGGAUAACGUGACGCCCUGUCGACUGAGGCUGCGGGUCAAGUUCUUCGUGGAGCCCCAUCACAUUCUGCAGGAACAGACGAGACAUGUGUUCUUCAUGCACGUGAAGGAAGACCUCCAUAACGGUCACCUACGUAUGGGCUCGGAACAAGCGGAGGAGCUGAGUGCGCUCCAGGCACAGGCCGAGUUCGGCGACUACAACCAAAACACAGCCAAGUACUGGUACUCGGAACUGUGUGGAGAGGAGCCCAGCACUGCAACUAUGAACAGUAUCAUUUCCAGACACAAGGUUCUGGAGGGUUCGAGCCAGGGCUCAGUGGAGUAUCAGGCCCUGCAGCUGGUUUCCUCUCUGGAGCAUUACGGCGUGGAGUGGCACUGGGUUCGCGAUGCAAAUGGUCAACGGUUGGCCAUAGGAGUCGGCCCUGAGGGUAUCGCCAUUUGCAAGGAGGACUUUAGCUUAGUCAACAGAAUUAGCUACCCAAUCAUCCAGAUUGCCACGCAGUCGGGGAAGAGUGUGUACUUGACGGUAACCAAGGACACGAAUGACAGCGUGGUGCUUUUGUUCAAGCUGAUCAGUAACCGGGCAGCCAGCGGUCUGUACCGAGCCAUUACAGAGACCCACGCCUUCUACAGGUGUGACACAGUAACCAAUGCAGUGAUGAUGCAGUACAGCCGGGACUUCAAGGGUCACCUAGCUUCACUUUUCCUCAACGAGAACAUCAACCUGGGUAAGAAGUACGUUUUCGACAUCCGACGCACCUCCAAGGAAGUUUACGACCACGCCCGCCGCGCGCUCUACAACUCCGGUGUGGUGGACCUGGUGUCCGGCGGCGACGAACGCUCUUCUCCUCCGCGCUCCCCGAGCCGAGACGACCAGCAGGACGACGGGCUGGACUGCGGCAGCUGCCAGCAGAGCCGGGCCCUGCAGGAGCAGCUGCAGAAGCUCAGAGAGGCUCUGCUGUGCAUGCUCUGCUGCGAGGAGGAGAUAGACGCUGCGUUCUGCCCCUGCGGUCACAUGGUGUGUUGCCAGACCUGCGCGAAUCAACUGCAGAUGUGUCCCGUGUGUCGGUCGGAGGUGGAGCAUGUGCAGCACGUCUACCUGCCCACCUGCACCAGCCUGCUGAGCCUGACGCUGACCGACAACCAACAACAACACCGCAGCAGCAUCCCCGCGCCCAUCCACAGAGAAAUGGCUUCUCCUCACAGCUGCUCGGCAACAGAGUACGACCACAAGAUCUACCACACAUGAAGACAACUCCAGCGUAAAACAUUUUGAAGCCGAACCAGGUUUCAUAAAGACGGAACAUUUAUCGUCCGUCUGUGUUUCCUGCCUGGACUCCUUGAACUACCAAACAUACAGAAAACUCCUGAGGAUAUUCAAACAUCGACACACUCAAACCACUCCCUCAGCUAGUGUGCGUGUGCGUGUGCGUGUGUGUUAUUUCCCUUCGUCCCUUUGGAUGUCAGUGUGUCUGAUUGGUUAGUAUUCUACAUCCCCUGCCACAAGAAGAUUUUAGAUUAGGCUCUCAUUGUCUUUAAAUUAUUGCAUCAGUUGACCUGAUACAGAAUAGUAAAAUUUUGUUUGUUUUUGAAUUUGUGUGUCACUUGCUUUUCCACAUCAGGCUCUUAGCCCCAGAACCUGAACCAUGUGAUGAACGUUUGUGUUUUAGAAUAGCUAAACACUGUACAUAAUGGUUGAGUCUUGUUAUUUUAUUUUUAUUUUUAAUGCUUCCUUACAUUUUAAAGCUUAUGUUUUUGAUUUGAGAACUGAAUUUUAUUGUGUAAGAGUGAAAUGCUUUUUUUUAAUUUUUUUAUAUUUAAGUUUUUUUUGUGUUCAAUGUUUUCCAUGCCAAUAAGGGGAUAUUUAGAGGCUAAGCAGCGCUGCUCUGGGUAUAGCAUAAGACCACCAUGGUCCGGUUCUUGUGCUCUCUCAGAUCAGUGGGGUUCUUGAAGGUUCAUUUAGCCCGUCAGAACUGAGAGAUUGAAAGUGAAAUGCAGCAUCUUGCUGACACUCAAACAGCCUCCUUCACCUUGAAAUGGGUAUUGUUGAUUAACUGCCACUUGUCCAAGACAACAAGCCUGAUUUCAUGGACUGAUGCACCUUUCCAUUCUUAUCUCCAUGCCAACAGGAAGUUAGAAAUUAAGAGCACAAAUGCUCUUCUACUAGACACAGUACCAAAAGGUUAUAAACAAAGAUUUUUUUUCCAGCAGCAGCCGCUUCCUCUGAAAACCUCCGCUAUAAAUUUCUCCUCUGGGGUGUACUAGGGAGUUCCUUUUGAUAUUUUUAAAGGGUACAAGGAGAUCUAUCCGUGCAAUACUUGCUUGCUUUUUGAAAUGCUUUUCAGUUUUUUUUAAUUUCAAAGACUAUAUUUAAGAAAAAAACCGACAUUGUCACUUUACCAAGGAAGCUUUCCACAUAUCUGUAGUGGGGUUUGGCCUUAAUGUAGCAGCAACAUCGUGUUUCUUAUAAACUUACAGACUUUUUUUCUGGUAAGAAAAGGAAAACUUGUAUUUCUUUUAAUGCUGACUCAAUUAAGCUCAGUCACUGCAGGGGAAGGACUUUUAUUUUUCACAAUUUUAAGUAGUGAUUUGUUUCUGUUUUCUGAAGCAAAAGCCACUAUUCUCUGUACAAAAUAACUCUGAAUUAAAUCCUUUUUAUAUAUUCUGU